AUGGCGGAACACACAAAACUCAUCACGAUCGAUCCCAACGGCGACACACUGCUCAAGCUCAAGGACAUCCGCUGGGAGCUACCGGAAUGGAUCGACGAAGCCACUCGUUUCGCACCGCCUGCUGAGACUACCGAGUCAUCACACAAGGAUACUGCGAUGGAAGGUGCGGACGGGAGCGACCAGCGCAAGCACCCCGAGGAAGUACACUUCUUGGUGUCAUCACGUCAGCUGCGCCUUGUGUCUACCUACUUCGAUAACAUCUUCAAGAAGAACUUCGCCGAGAGCGUUGCCGACCCCGCGGAUGGAAGAUACCAUAUCUGGGCUACUGAGUGGAACCCUACGGCGCUGGAGCAACUUCUGAUUGUCGCGCAUGCUCGAAACACAGGUCUGAAAGACCACGUCGAUCUCAACGAAACGGUAGAGAUGGCUUUGAUAAUCGAUUACUACGACAUGCGGGAGGCGCCAUAUGCCCACUCCAAGAAAUGCUCUCUUCGAUGGGGCGGCAACAACCACUGCUCACGAGCAGCUAACCACAUCCUCGGUAGCAACUUUGUUAAGCGGGUGUUCUUGUCAUACGUGUCCCAAUCAAAUGAGGUCUUGGGGAGAGCGAUAGACAUAGCAAAGAAGCACAGCAAGGGGCCACUACAAGAUCUAGGAUUACCAUUGGGCAAUAUCCCAGAAGAGCACCGACAGCAGGCCAUCAAAUCAAUCGUCGACCAGCUGGACAGUUUCAUCGAACGUCUUCGCAAAGGUGAAGAAUGCUGCAGCUUCACUUGCCGAGCAUCCGUUCUUGGCUCUUUGAUACUGCUCAAGCAACCUGGUGGACUAUCGUCGGCUUUAGGAGGCACUGUUUCACCUCCUUACUACGGAAUAAGUCUCCAGGAAGCCCAUGCUGCUGUGCGGGCUACAGUGACCCGGAAAGAAUCUUCUGUUAUGGUUGGCAAGAUAAUUCUGGACCAAGCAUAUAUGCCCGUAGGAGCGUGCAAGGAAUGCGACUUCAGGGGUUUAUUCGACCAAAUCAUGAAGAAGGCCGACGAGGAUCUAAACUUCAAACUCGAUCUCAGUCCGUCCAAAGUCGUCAAAUCCUCGAAGUGA